AUGGGGGCUCAAGGAAGCUUGUCGCGGCUUCCCUCUGCGUGGGACGGACCUGCGGAGCUCUGGGUUUUUAAUAAGGAGGCGCGCGGCAGGAGGAGUCUGGCCUCUCGGCCCGCCCUGAGCCUCCUCGGGAGCCGCACCCCCGGGGCCAGGGCUGGGAGGAGGCACCGCUCGUGUCUGGCCAGCAGUAGCCGCGACAACCCGGUGCACGUGUGGGACGCGUUCUACGGCGAGGUGCGGGCCAACUACCGACCCUACAACCACCUGGACGAGCUGUCGGCCGCCCACUCCCUCUGCUUCACGCCCGACGGCACGCGCCUCUACACCGGCUUCGACAAGAUGGUGCGCGUCUUCCACACGGACCGGCCCGGCCGCGACUGCGAGGAGAGGCCCACCUUAGUGAAGAAGCAGGGCCAGGGGGGCAUCAUCUCCUGCCUGGCGGUCAGCCCGUGCAUGGAGGUGUACGCCUGCGGCUCCUACUCCCGCACCGUGGGCCUCUACUCCUGCCAGGACGGCACGCCCCUCGCCAUGCUGCCCGAGCGCCACCGCGGGGGGGUCACCCACCUGCUCUUCUCCCCCGACGGGAACCACCUGUACACGGGCGGACGCAAGGACCCUGAGGUCCUGUGCUGGGACCUGAGGCAGGCGGACCGGGUGCUGUUCUCCCUGCAGAGGAACGUGGACACCAACCAGCGCAUCUACUUCGACAUGGACCGCUCUGGCGGGUACCUGCUGAGUGGUGACACAGAGGGGCUGGUGUCUGUGUGGGACACCCAGGCGGCUCCCCCUAGUGGCAGCGAGGAGCCACUCCACCCCCUGCUGCAGUUCCACGCCCACCGCGACUGCACCAAUGGCAUCAGUGUCCACCCCUUCAUGCCCUUGCUGGCCACCGCCAGUGGUCAGCGGCAGUUCUCCGGACCAGGGGACAGCAGCGGCAGCGAGGGAGACUCCGCCUCCGACGGCGAGGGGCGGGACAAGGGAGCGGCGUCAGCCGACGACCGGCCGGACAACACCCUGAGCCUGUGGUGGGCCGGACCCCUAGGCCCCGCCCCCGUGGAGGGGGAGGGGGGGGCUGCGGGCCGAGAGCCCCAGCCCGACCCGUCCCCCAUGGAGGCCUAGGGCCCCCGGGACCCCCGUCGCACCCCCAUCUCCAUGCGUCCCCUUCCCAGCUCGUCCCACGAUCACUAGGGGGUCUGUGGUUGGUAGGCUGAAGUAGUUGCUGUUGGAAUACAUGGAGAGAAUUAACGGAAUUUCAAAUCCCUGCUUUCUAUUUAUUUUUCUUUGUUUUGGGAGUAUCUCUCUCUCUCUCUCUCGCUCUCUCUCGCUCUCCCCUUCCCUUAUGCCUGGGCUGUUUUUGAAUCGGGGAGCUUUUCCCUUUUAAAGGCCUUGAGAAUAAAGAGAAUGUUUUUCCACCCCAACAUCUACCCUUUCAACAGCCCUCACCUGACUGCCUGCGUUGGACGGCUGACGACCAGAGCCACAGUCGGUCGUCCAUGCAGGCCGUUUCUGUGGCGGGGUGAACAUUGCCCGCCACAUGUCCCUUGUGACAGCUUGGACAAGCCCUCUCUAAGCCUCACUUCAACGACCUCAUUCGCUCCCGCGGCCAGCGGUUCCACUCAUUGUUUCUCUCGAGUCGUGCCGUCAAAGCCGUAACGCUGAGAAUGUACUCGGACACCGAAAAAGUAUGUAAUUUUUUAUUAACUCCCACAGACCGGUUGUCAUGACAACCGAGGGGGAGACACAGGGCGUAAUCUCCCUCAUUUCAAUGGAAUCUGGAUUUAAUGACCGAUAAUUACUCCUCUUGCCUACAUCAGUGACUUCAACACUCCCCACAGAGUCCUGACGAACAGGAAAUGCCAACUGAUACCAAGCUUAUGGUUUUCCUGGCUUUAAUGUGUUGAUGUUGUUUUUGUUUAUUAGUAUUGGGGGAGCUGUUGUUGUUGGGGUGCCUGCAGUUGGCGGGCUAUAAAAAUAUAUUUUUAUAAAAGACAUGGACGCUUUGUAUCAAUUUGCUGUUCACAGCUUGUUUUCUUUGACCUAAUAGCAAUCUUUCAACAGAUGCUGUGUGUGUGUGUGUCUGUUUAAUACAUUUUUGAUUGUUUUUUAA